AUGGGCGCCUAUCUCUAUGGGCGCCUAUCUCUAUGGGCGCCUAUUCUAUGGGCGCCUAUCUCUAUGGGCGCCUAUCUCUAUGGGCGCCUAUCUCUAUGGGCGCCUAUCUCUAUGGGCGCCUAUCUCUAUGGGUGCCUAUCUCUAGGGGCGCCUAUCUCUAAGGGCGCCUAUCUCUAUGGGCGCCUAUCUCUAGGGGGGCCUAUCUCUAGGGGCUCCUAUCUUUAUGGGCGCCUAUCUCCAGGGGUGCCUAUCUCUAUGGGCGCCUCUGGGCGCCUAUCUCUAAGGGCGCCUAUCUCUAGGGGCACCUAUCUCUAUGGGCGCCUAUUUUUAUGGGCGCCUAUCUCUAUGGGCGCUUAUCUCUAUGGGCGCCUAUCUCUAUGGGCGCCUAUCUCUAGGGGCGCCUAUCUCUAUGGGCGCCUAUCUCUAGGGGCGCCUAUCUCUAGGGGCGCCUAUCUCUAUGGGCGCCUAUCUCUAUGGGCGCCUAUCUCUAUGGGCGCCUAUCUCUAUGGGCGCCUAUCUCUAAAGGCGCCUAUCUCUAUGGGCGCCUAUCUCUAUGGGCGCCUAUCUCUAUGGGCGCCUAUCUCUAUGGGCGCCUAUCUCUAUGGGCGCCUAUCUCUAUGGGCGCCUAUCUCUAUGGGCGCCUAUCUCUAUGGGCGCUUAUCUCUAUGGGCGCCUAUCUCUAUGGGCGCCUAUCUCUAG